CCUCCUGCAGACCGUCUCCAGUUGUUACGCGGCUUUGCCUUUGUGCGGUGUGCCUCGUGUUGCUCAAACUCUCUACCAUGGCGGCGGCGUCCGGCCGGGAUCGUUGUGCUGGUGCGUGUGCGUUCCUUCUCCUACUGCUUGGUCUGGGCGUCGCCGCAGGCGCAGAAACUACUGAGGCCAUCGCCGCUGUUGAUCCCAACCAGGAGCGUCAGGUGCCGUGGAGUCCUGCUCCUGCACCGUCCCCCAUGAACCCGAUCGACUGCCGGAGCGCGUGCGCGUCGCGGUGCGCGCUGUCGUCGCGGCCGAACCUGUGCAACAGGGCGUGCGGGUCCUGCUGCGCGCGCUGCAACUGCGUGCCGCCGGGCACCUCCGGGAACUACCACAUGUGCCCCUGCUACGCCGCCAUCACCACCCGCGGCGGCCGCCCCAAGUGCCCCUGACGCCGGCCGGCCGCCGGUGACGAACAAGAACAAGAACGACUCUCUUGUGUACUAGCUACUAGCUAGUCGUGCGCAACGUGUGUACGACGAACAAUAAUGUUACCAUGGAUGG